AUGGGCUAUCCUUAUACCAUCUUGAAGAAUGCCAGUGUAGGAGGUUCAGGGAUGAUGGAGUUUCUGAAGAAAGCAGUGGCCUCAUUGACCUACAGCUCCCUCUGUAUGCCGGAGGACAUCACUACACGCGGUCUGGAGUCAAUCCCCAACUUCCUCUACAGGGAUGACGGACUCAGGUUGUGGACAUCGUCCCCAGGUAAUGUUUUGUCACAAAAUGAUUUGUUACUACUCACCUGUGACUCAGACGUCCAGAAGGACUCUGAACUGCAGAACUGGAUCAAGGAUAUCUUCUUCUAUGGGUUCCUGGCAGAAACCAGCACAGGAAUCCCUCAGUCUUUCAGUUUGGUGACAGAGCUGGUCAAGUUUAUCACCAUGGUGAUCUUCACAGUGUCUGUCCAACAUGCUGCAGUCAACAAUGGACAGUUUGAUUUUGGCGGCUGGAUGCCCAACUCUCCCAUCGCUCUCACCCACCCCCACCACUAA